ACUGUAAAUUUCUCAAUUCUACACCACCUUAAACCCCACAUAACAUCUAUUUAAACCCAUUAAGAACCAAAAGAGGAACUCAUUUCUACAAUUUUUUUUUUCUUUUUUUUUUUUUAAUUUACUUUCAGGGUUCCUUCCUUUCUGCAGCUUAACAGACCUUUGGUGCCUCUCUCACAAAAAUCCCCUUUAAUUCUUUUCAUUCUUCUCUUUCUUCUCUGCAACCGAACACUUUUUCCAUCCAUUAUAAGAGGCAUGUCAGGUUUAUAUAGUCACAACUUCUCACCUGCAAGAGCGGUUUCUCCGCAGAUUAGGAACACCCCGGACAUCGAGAGUCAGUACUUGACGGAGCUAUUAGCUGAACAUCAGAAGCUUGGUCCUUUCAUGCAAGUCCUUCCAAUAUGUAGCCGACUGUUGAAUCAAGAGAUUUUACGGGUUUCUGGGAUGGCCUCCAAUCAAAGUUUUGGUGAUUAUGACAGACUUCAGCAUGGUAGCCCCAGCCCAAUGGCAUCCUCAAACCUUAUGUCAAGUUUUGGAGGAACAGGUUUAGGGGUAUGGAAUGGGCUCUCUCAGGAGAGAUUUGGUGGGCCUCAAGGAAUAACCAUGGACUGGCAAGGAGCACCAGCAAGCCCAAGCUCAUUUGUUGUCAAGAAGAUUUUGCGCUUGGAGAUUCCAGUAGACAGUUACCCAAAUUUCAAUUUUGUUGGGCGGCUUCUGGGGCCUAGGGGUAACUCACUAAAACGGGUGGAAGCUUCUACAGGCUGCCGUGUGUACAUUAGAGGAAAAGGUUCAAUAAAAGACCCAGGCAAGGAGGAGAAGCUAAGAGGAAGACCAGGUUAUGAGCACCUAAAUGACCCCCUCCAUAUUUUGAUUGAAGCUGAGUUACCUGCCAAUAUUGUUGAUACGAGACUAAGACAAGCCCAGGAAAUUAUCGAGGAAUUGCUUAAACCUGUGGAUGAGUCACAGGAUUUUUACAAGAGGCAACAGCUCAGGGAACUAGCCAUGCUGAAUUCUAACUUAAGAGAAGAGAGCCCUCGACCAAGUGGUAGUGUAUCUCCUUUCAAUUCCACUGGGAUGAAGCGGGCAAAAACUGGGCGGUAGGAAAUCAUUAUUUUGGUUCUCUUGAAUGGUUUCUCAGAUAUAUAACUGAUUCUCGUGCCCAGAUACACCUCUUUGACGUAUCCCAAUUCAGAUAAUCUUCAAAAGGAUAAUGAGUUCUCUGUUGGGAACUUCUCUUUUGAUAACAGAGAAAAAGGGAAAAGUAAAUGAAGGCCUCAAGUGCAUUAUCUGGAUCUGACAAUGUUGGCCAUGCAUGUUGUAAGCUUAGAACAUUUAUUUGAUUUAUUUUUUGUAUCGUUAACCUUGACAUAUGGCAUGACGUGUGUGGAAGAUGUAUUAGUUGUGUAAUAGGCAGGCCUUGGCCGAGGGAUCACUACCGGUGAGUAUAUUUUCGUAGCAUGUUUUUUUACUCAUUAUCUUUCUAUCAGAAUAGGGAAUUAGAAGAAAAUAAUCUGUAAGAACAUUUACUUGAUUCUUGGAAAUUGUUUCGACUUUGUAUUUGGUUCAUGUACAUAGGAUUUUGGAACGUGGUAUGGAAAAUAUAUCAUGCUGUUUAUGCA